CCCAGCAGUCUCACCAUACCAGCGACUGGCCAUAAACGACCUGCGCCCCGGGGAACGUCGGCAUAUCCUCGUAAACGUGCCGUCACCGCGUGCCAGGUAUGCCGCGCCCGUCGAACCAAGUGCGACAACGCGAAGCCAUCAUGUUCAUUCUGCCUAAAAGUGGGUGCAGUCUGCAUCCAGUCCCCGGUGGACCUAUCCAGCUUUGACCCCGCUAGCAUCAGGAUCCUGGAGAGGUUGAACGAUAUUGAAGAUGCCCUCAAACAGUGUCAGUCUAGCUUAGCUGCUCAUGUCCACCGCAGUGCAGAUGAGACACGCGAGCCAACAGUUGCGAGCGUGGAUCAAUCGCGCCUGUUGCCUGCGUCAAUCGAGACGAUAUGUCGCUGGCCAGUCCUCGAUUUGCCCUGCUUCAGGAGGGAGGAGGAUGUAGUUUGUAACACGCGCGCCGGUCCGGAUGUCGAUUCUGUCGUCUCCCUUGACGACUUACAGCCCUCACUGAUUCGACCACUGGUGGAUCGGUUCUUCUGCUUUGUUCAUGUCAAAGAUCCGGUUUUGGAUGAGAGACACGCGCCGAUUGGUGACUCGUUUGUGCACCGACGGGCUCGAUUGGAGCCCCCAUUCAUGCCUGGCACUGUUUGUCCUGGCCCUCGGCGCCAUUGCCACCACAUUCGGCACCUCGGACGAAGAGGACACGGCUGUUUCCGACUGCUUGCCACUAGCGAGAUCGUUCGCUCGAGCUGCGCAGAAACGCCUAGGACUUACGAUCGAGGGUUCGGAUCGGGUUCUUGAGGCACAAUGUCAUUUCUUCGCCGGGGUUUACGCAAUGACGGUUUUCGAGCGGGAUGGCGCCUGGAAGCUUUUCUUGCAUGCACCGGCGUGUUGUCAAAGCUUUCAGUUCCUGCGGUUGCCUCGAGAUAAUCAGCCUGUUUCCAAUCUCUCGGAAACGCCGGUAGCCCCGAACCACCGUUCUCUCGCCCUGGAACAGGCAAUCUACUGGUCCUCCUGGAAGUCGGAGCGGGAACUACGCAUGCAGAUGGACAUCGCUGAUUUUAGCCUGUGUCCGGCUGACAUGGCGAUAUACCCGUCUUUUUUCCCGACCCCGCCGAGGACCGUGAGUGACCAGUCGGAAGCCAUUGGGGAUCCCAUCUAUGAUCGGGAGCAGCUAUCAUGGUACUUUUACCUCUCGGAGAUCUGCCUCCGUCGCCUUACGUCUUGUAUCGUCAGCGGGAUAUUGAACUUCAAGUCCUCCUCGGCCGGGCGGUUUCUCGACGAGCUAGCCCACGCUACUUGUAUGUACGAGUCUCAGGGAGAAGAAUGGGCACUUCGGCUUCCUCAGAUGAUAUCAAUAGAGGGUCCUCCGGAGGCGGACGGAGUCUGUCAUUUUGUGUUGCGCGGACACCUUCUCAAUCUGCAAGAGGUUGUAUACUGGCCUUUUGUGGAUGCCCUCAUUGCCGAACGUCUCGUAGAAGAAGAUCAAUACCUCGUGCGCAGCCUUGCGAGGAAAGGCCUGCAGAAGCACAUGGAACGGCUGUGGGUCAACCGACCGGGAUACAACCACCGCCAUCAUGGAACCCUAUUCUUACUGCGCAAUUGCUCACGGAGCGCAUUGGUUCUCAUUGCUGCGGCGCUUUCGAUUCGAUCCCAAUUGGAUAGACAGAUUGAUCCGGGCGUUGCGAUGCCUGUUGGAUGGCGCGAGGCCGUUUCCUUGGCGUUGGAAAUGGCGCUUUAUUGGAAGGAUAUAUCGGAGGAUAGUGCAUAUUUGGCUAAGAUCCUCGAGUCCGCGUGGAAGAAAGUCGAGAAUUAUUGA